AUGAAGAGUAAACCUGUUAAACAUAAGACUACGAAUACUUUUCGUUUUGUGCCGUUUGCGGAGAGAAUCAAUGGAAUUGACAUACGCCAUGCAGCUCUGUAUCACAUUGAGCAUGCAUAUACACAACAGCCAGACGAGAAUGAAUCUCAUUUCUUUGUGGCGCUGCAGAAAUGGCACGUCCUUAACUUGACCGAGAAUUUUAAAAAAUUUAGAAAGGAAGUCUUUGGAAUUAUAACAGUGCCACAGUUGCUUCAUAAAAAAGAAGAGGUUAUAAAAAUAUUGGAUAAAUAUUUGAAGCUAGAGGAUCCACUAUGCUUGCAACCUCUAUUAGAAAUUCUUGUCUCAGUAGCAAAAGAUUUAAGAGAAGACUUCUAUCCAUACUUCCCAACAUUUCUAGACAUAUUAAUUAAACUACUAAGUACAAAAGAUGUUGAGACUUUAGAGUGGGCCUUACUUUGUUUAGCAUUUUUGUUUAAAGUUCUAAAGCCUUAUUUAAAAAAAGAUAUAGCAACCGUUCUGAAGAGGAUUAUACCUUUGCUAAGUAAUACACAACCUCAGUACAUAAACAACUUUGCCGCUGAAAGUUUUGCAUUUGUAGCCCGUGACAUCAGAGAUAAAAAGAAGUUUGUUGGACUUAUACUCAAUUACUUGCAGGCUAAUGAUGACGCUAUCACAGGCUGUGGUCACCUUAUAUUUGAGAUAUUGAGGGGUGUCAAUGGUAAAUUUCAUAGCUGCAUAGAAACAUUUCUUCCUCUUUUACUAGAAUACCUCAGAAAUAACAAGGAACAUCAAGAAAUACUGUUCAAGGUAUUGACUCAAACAAUUGAAGACAGCUUAAAUAGUAUAUCACAUAAGGAAUAUGGCAUAUUUUGGAGCACGCUCAUAAAAUUCAUAGAAGAUAAUCUAAAGGAAGACGACAGCGGGAGUAAAGCCUUAGCAUAUGUUUUGAGGUUAGCAGGUCAAGUCAUUGAAUAUGAGAAAGGAAAGUACUUGACAAAUCCUCCUCAGUUUGUGCUUUUAUUAAUCAAAGUUAUUUGUGAGCAAUCUUCAGAGACCAUAUUACAAGUCUGUGCCCAAAUUGGCGCCAUAUUAUUACUUUCACCAAAUGUAUCACUAUCGCAAGAACAUGCCGGAAUCAUAGUUAAAGUAUUACUGCCUUUACCAUUUCCAAAUAUUCUUAUAAAUUUUGUUCAAAAUUUGAUUGAAUAUUCACAGUUUGAUAUGCACAUAUUGCCACCAUUUAUAAAAUUUGUAAUACAAUCAAAUUUUGAUAAUGAAGCCAUGAACACACUUACCAGAAUAUGUCUUAAGAAAUCACCUUUAUCAAUGAAUGGAAUUAAACUGUUUGAGUGGGUGAAAUACCCCAUAGAUUUUGGUAAACAUUUGACAAAUUUCAUGCAACAUUUUGAUAGUGUACUCUCUGAAGAUAUAGAAAAACACAUUGAAAAUCCAGUUAAUCUCACUAAUAUCCUAUUUGCUUUACCUCAUGUUGAGAAAAUUAAUGUUGAUUAUUGCAUCAAAAACUUAUCACAAUUAAUAUCGAAACUGUUAAAAUUAUUAAGUGGUUACAAUCUUGAAAAUCAACCUAAAGAGAAUUACUUUCAUUGUGAUACAACGCCUUUAUCAAGAGAUGCCAGGAAGGUUCUUUUUAUAUUAGCAGUCGCCAUGGAAAGUGCAAUACAUAUAUCCAGUUGUAAGAAACUCAAGGAGAUAUGUGAUAUAGAAGAGCUUUUACCUGUGCUGUUGCCGUGUGCGACAGACCCUAACUUGCUAUGUGCAUUGCAUGUGCUGGAUCUUUACUUGACUGCUUAUGAACAUGAGAACGGAUUGAGCUAUCCACAUCUGUCGCUGAUUGAUUCAUAUUUAAGAAGCAAUGUUGCAUCGCCUUUCCAUGUGAUUCGUCUUCUAACUACCCACAUCUACAAACUAUUUGAACACGUUGAUGAAUUGAACAAGACAGUAGAAAUUGGUGGUACCGUUGAGAAAUUCUUGAUAUUUAGUUAUUGUUAUUCAGUUGAAUCUAUUUCGCCUUCAAUCCUGGAAUAUAGAGCUCAAAUAAAUAUAUUACAGAAAAUGGCAUUCAAUAGUACACAAUACUCACUAGCUAAAGAUACAGAUUUCCAUCUUUAUGCCUUAAACUAUAUGUUAGGUGUAUUAUAUGUAAAUUUUAAGCUACUUUGGGAACCGGUUACAGAAUUUAUAGCAGGUUAUGGCAAUGCCCUUACUGCUGAAGAUUUCUGGCCUACAUUCCAUGACGCUCUUAAAUCAUCUUUCUUGAACGCCAAGAACAAUUUCAAACAAUUUCACUUCAACGAAGAACUUGUAACGAACUUUGAGAUUCUUCAAUAUUUAUACUCAGAUUAUAACAGUAUAUCUGAAAGACCUGAUUUGUAUAACUAUAGAAUUUUGAUUCUAAAAGUUAUGACGAAUUGUAUUCAAGUAUGUGAAGCUAAAAAUCGCGACGUUGUUGUCUUGUUUUUAAAUUUUAUUGAAGAAGAAUACAGAAGAAAUGAUAAUAUGAAUGCUCUAAAAGUUGACAUAGAGACACAUACUGAUAAAAUGGAAGUUGAUGAAAAGGGUGAAGAAAAUGUAGAAAAUAUUGAAGAAAUGAUUGAAGCUAUGGAUAAAACGAAAGAAACUGUGUCAGGAAAAAUUAUAUUCAAAACACUUAUUAACAUAAUGCAAGUUCUGGCACAGUUUAAAAAUCCAAGAGCAUUACACAAAGAACCAGAAUUCUGGGAGCUCUUUAUGGAGUUUUUAAAGCACAAAAAUCCAGGACUUCAAAAGUAUGCGUUAGAUUGCAUUCUAAAUUAUAAAAACAAAAGUGUUGUGGCAUAUAAAAAUAAUUUGUGUAACUUAGUAGAUGAGAAGAAAUUCAAAGAUGAACUGACACAGUUUAAAAUUACUGAAGACGCUGAAAAUAUCCACUCAGAUGAUAGAGAGCAUGUAGUGCCAAUAAUACUAAGAAUUUUGUACGGCAAAAUGACAACGAAACUCGCCGCGGAUAAAAAAGGAGGUGGACAGACGAGAAGAUCCUUGGUCAUGAGAUAUCUGGCUGGUUGUACUGAAGCCGAAAUUCAAAUGUUUAUUGAAAUGGCCUUUACAUAUCAUAAGCAGUACUUGGACAUGGAACCUCGCCAAAUUUUGAAAACUAUUACUUCUGAAAUCGAUUUAAAAUCUAUUACAAGUCCUGGAAAAUUACACAGUAUGUUGAAUUUGUUUGAUGUGGUCCGAGAAUAUUUUGGUGGAUACAUGAAAGAUAAAUUACUGUCAAAGCUUUUUAAUAUAUAUUAUGCGAUUUGUUCGACGAUUGCUGCUGUAUUAGCUAAUGGGGAUAGAGUACAUGUGGGAUAUGUCAAAGUUAUGAAAAACCUUCGGACAUUGUGUUUAGUCACUUUACGGAAGUUAUUCGAACAGUUUAAUAGAUAUAAUUGGAGCAAAGAUGAAUUGUAUGUAAUUUUUGAAACACUCAUUUGGCCAUUAAUGCCUAAGUUACAUAUUGAAGGUAUUCAUAGUCCAACAGCUCUUUUGAGACUCUUGAAUGCUUGGUGUCAAAAUCCUAGAUUCUAUAUUCUAUUAGUGACUGAAUCGGAUAAAGAAGCAAUAAGUGCUCUUCCAGCUAUUUAUAAACUGUUGUUGGCUCCAAAAACGACUUCUGGAGUAGUCAAUAUGAUACUAGACAUGACUGAAAAACUUUUGACCUUAACUGAAGACGAAGAAGAUAAAGAAAUGGUUCCAAUAGAAUCGUUUAAUACUUUAGCUGUCGGAAAUAAAGAACAGAAUAUAAAUUUCGGAAGCAAAAUUUUGAUACCUCAUAUACCAAGCAUUUUGGACGUAAUGAAGAGACGUUUAGCAAACUCUGCAAAAUCUAAUAACGUAAAUAAAAGAGAUUUAUUGAUACUUUCAAGGAUUACAGAAUUAGUUGCGUCACCCGAGUUAUGUGACGAGUUACUGAAUUUGCUGCUUCCAAUAUUGGUGAAGAAAGUAUGCAUGAAUAUGGCUGAAGAAAAUAUGGAAUAUGCUGUAAAUACAAUAAUUAAUCUAUUGGGCCAUAGUUCUAAUGCUCAAGUUUAUAUUAAACAUUUAGCUGUACUGUUCAAUAAAGUGAGCCUUGUGGAUGUUAGAAAAUUAUUAAUAAAGCUUCUUACAUCAAUAGCUGAAAGUGCCCAAAAGAAUAAUCUUAUACUUACGAGAAUGGCUAAUGUUAUAACAGAAAUGAAUGCUUUCAAUAAACGGUGGAUCGAACAACCAGAUUUUGACAGAAGAAUAGAAGCUUACAAGCAAAUCUAUCAGCUGUUAGAGGAAGAUGAGAUUGAUGUAGAUCUCGCAAUACUAAUUGCCAACAACAGCUUUUACUUCAUACGUACUGAAAAAGACAUUGGUUUGAGGGACAGUGCAGGAUUGUGCUUGAAAAGAAUUUUGCCAAAACUGCUCAUGAAAUAUAGGUCGACAAACGAUGGUUUAUUCCUAAUAAGAGAUACAGUACUGUCACUGAUAUCAACUGGUAUAAGAGAUACGAAAAAUGAAAUCCUGAGAAACGAAUGUAUUGCAUUGCUUGGUGAAUUAGCUAGAGAAUGUCCCGAUGCAGAUGUCGUUCUAUCAGAUUUAGCACAUUUGACUAACAAAGAAGAUGUAGAAGUAGAUUUCUUUGAAAACAUGUGCCAUCUGCAAAUGCACAGACGUGUUAGAGCGCUACUUAAAUUCUCCAAAGUCUUUAAAAAAGUAACAAAGUGCCCUACUCCGAGGACAUUAACAAACUUUAUAUUGCCUCUGGCAACCGUAUAUAUGUGUGAUGAUAAAUAUUCGGAUAAAAAUACACUUAUAGACGCUUGUAUAGAAGUUGUAUCCACUUGCUGCAGAUUAUUGCCGUGGUAUCAUUAUGAAGUAAUACUCAAGUUGUAUUUGAAUAAAAUGCGUCACUCUUCAGAACACCAAAAGCAACUGACACGUAUUUUAGUUGGCAUAAUGGAUGCUUUCCAUUUCGAUUUCUCUAAAGCUAAAAAUAUAGAUCUGCCGAAAUCAUUAACUAGUAAUAUACAUAAGGUUAAACAUGUGGUCUCUAAUUCAGAGGAAAAAGAAAAUUUAAAUGUAUCUAAUAAAGAUGACGAUAAGGAGAAUGAAAUAGAAGCUAAAGAAGAUUUGGAAGUGGAUGAAGAAACUGAAUUACAAGCAGCAGAUGAUGAAGUUGCUGAUGAAGAAGUAAGCAAAGAAGUUUCAAAUGUUCCAGCAUUUGAAAGAAUAACAAAUGUGUCGCCCUCUGUAGCAAAGCGAAUUAUAAAAUCACUGACAACUGGUUUAUUACCGCAACUUAACCGCGCUAUUGGUAAAAUGACAGAACAUGAAGAGUCACACAAGGUGAACCGUCGUCGCACCGGUUUCGAUCGACAAGAGGAGGAUAUGUUGCGAGUCCCCAUAGCGUUAGCUCUAGUGAAAUUGUUGCAGAAUUUACCUGGAGACUUACUUAAACAUCAGCUGCCAGGAAUCAUCAUCAAAUUAUGCUCCUUCCUGAAAUCACCGUUAAAACAAGUAAGGAUGACGGCGCGCGAUAUCGUCAAGAAAAUUAUGAUAACUGUUGGUACUUCAUACUUAAACGUUCUGUUAGAACAUCUCACCAUGCUACUUACCAGAGGCUUCCAGGUCCACGUGUUAGCAGCAACUAUACACACAGUUUUAGACUCUUUGAAGGCAAACUUCAAGCCUGGCGAACUAAACGACAGCUUACAUUACAUAUUAGAUGUUUGUACUAACGAUCUUUUUGGAGCCUUAUCAGAAGAAAAAGAAGUAGAUAAACUGCAUUAUAAAACGCCAGAAGCAAAACCUAGUAAGAAGAGUUACGUGACUCUCAUGAUAGUGUCUCAGAAUAUCACAGAGAAUUGUCUUAUAAAUCUUAUUUUACCUUUUAAAGAAGUUUUACAAAAACAUCAUUCGAAAAAAAUUGUGUUGAAAGUCCAGGAAGCGCUUAUGCACAUCACAAGUGGUUUAGUAACGAACAAAUUCAUUGAUAUAGAAUCUUUGUUCGUAUUCUUACAUGGCGUAGCGUCAGAGAGUAUACCAGAGUUUGUACUAGGAGCUCCUACGAGAAAAAUAACGGAACAACAAAGGGAGAAGAUGUUGAGAGCGAAACCAGAUUGUUUCAUUAUACCAGAGACUCCGAAACGUAAUAAGGAAUCUCAAGCUAGACAUGUUAAAAUUUCUGGUAAAGCGAACGCUCAUGUGUUAGUAGAGUUCAGUUUGAAUAUUCUGUAUGUAAUUCUCAAGAGAGAAAAGGUACCGAGAAUGGAUUGCAGAGCGUUUGUUGACCCAUUAGUGCCGUUACUAGUCGACGCAUUAAAAAGCGACCAUGUGAAAGUGACUACUGUUGCUUUGAAGUGUAUUGCUACAUUGUGGACUAUUAGAGUUAGCACACCUACACUCGAAGAAAUGGUCCAAGACAUUGUUAAAACGAUAUUCAUAAUUUUACAUAAAUAUGCUACAUUUGAAAUCAGUAAGCAGAAUGAUAAUUAUCAUUUAGUUCGGAAUGCUUUUAAAGCCGUCACAGUAUUAAUACGCAACGUAAAAUAUUACAAUUUAGAAGCAGAUCAGCUCAAAACUCUACUUUUAUACGCUGAAGAAGAUUGCCAGAACGAUGAGAAGCAGUCCAACUCAUUUUCUCUUUUAAAAGCGAUAUUAGAAGCCAGGCUUGUGUCGAAUGAGUUGCAUGAAGUCAUGGAAAAGGUUUCCAAGAUUUGUAUACUCAGCGAGUCGGCUAAGACCAGGGAGGAAGCGCGAGUGAUAUUCGUGAACUAUCUAACACAUUACUCACCCGGCAAACGACUAGAGAAAUAUAUAGACUUCUUUGUGUCACAACUUAAUUACGAGCUGCAACACGGUCGGGAGUCUUCGCUCAAGUUCCUGGAGAUGAUAAUUAAUAAACUGCUUGUGGCUCAACUCACAAAGCACGGCUCGCACCUCCUACUGUCGUUGGGCGCGUGCAUGCUCAACGACAGCGCCCCGGAGUGUCGAGCCUCGGCUGCGCAAUGUAUAGAAGCCAUGUUGAAACGAUUCUCAAUGCAAGAAAGGAAUAAACUCUUCAAUCUCGUGCUCACAUUCUUAGAAGAUAAUCAACCUGUGCAUUUCGAACUGGCAGCCCAACUCAGCACAAGAUUCGUAAACGUAGAAAAGGAGGAUUUCAAGAAUCGUCUCAACACCAUCCUGUCUUUAGUUAGCGGUAAAAUAUUGCUACUUAGCAAUGAUAUAACCGAAGGGCGAUUCGUUAGGAUUAAACUAGACCACACCGAGGACAAGACUGACGAAGAGAAACAGAAUGAAAAGGACCACAGUUUAAUACAAAUUUUAAACUUAAUCGAUAACAUCACUGUACAUUGCCCGUCUAGUUUAAAGAACAAAUUGUAUCUUCAAGAUUAUGACGAAAUAGGCACGCAUUGUAAAGCGUUAUUGGCCUACCCUCAUUCGUGGGUGAGGUUAAGGGCUGCCAAGAUUUUAGGGCAGUUGUUACAAGCAGUCGAUAUUGAAGAAUUGGAUGGUGUUAUAAAUAAAAAGGUUGAGACCGAAAGAGGCUUCAUUUAUGAUGACACAGAGGAAACUUUAAGAAGUCUUGUAUUGGAUUUGUGCGCGCAAUAUACUACAGGUGCUUCUAAAGAUAUUGUUGAUCAGGCGACAGCAGUAUUGUUUCAAAUAUUAAAAAUUGUUCAUACACUAUCGAGUUUUAAACUAGACAAGAAGUCUCAAACUGACGGUAGUGAGACAGAAGGUGGCGGCAAAAUGAACAUUCGCUGGAUCCUCUUUAAAUUGAGAAUAGCUCUCAAUGUUGAAGUGGCUCGGGCGCCAACGUCUAUGAUUAUCCGCACAUCAAUAUUUACAAUGUGGACUCAUGUUAUCAGCUCUCUAGAAAGUGAGGAAAUAAACAAAAUAAUCGACGUCAUUCUCCCUCCAAUCGUUCGAGAACUCUCGACAGGUGACGCGGCCUCUCCUGCUAGCGUGGCGAAGCAACUCGCCGGACGACUUGGAAAGAAGUUGAGAAGGAAAAUAGGAGAUAUUGAAUAUAGUAAACUUGUCGCUGAGGCACAGACUAAGUUAAAUAUAAAAAGGGCUGAGAGAAAGAAGCUCUUACUUCAAGAGAAAAUACACAAUCCAGAUAAAGCGGCUAAAAGGAAACUACAAUUAAAAGAAAAGAAGAAACAGUCCAAGAAGAUAAAACUUGAAAUGUUCAAAGGCAAGAGGCCGAGGCCGACGAAACGGAAGGCUGAAGAUAUUGACAUAGAGGAUGAGUUAUUAAAUGACAAUUAA